AUGUCAGCUUCGCUAGAUUCAGCGUUGGAUCCCAUGGAAGAAAUACGAUUCCGCAAGAAACACGGUGCUAUUUGGAUGGAAAUACAGAAAGACACACAUUUCAAUUUUGACGAGUUAGAACAAAUAAUGGUGAUUUUUUUCAAAAUACAAAAGAGGGACGAGAAACCAGCUGGGUCGGAUUUAAUAUCAAGGGCACAUUUCAGAGAUGUUCUUCAUACUGGUUUGGGGAUGACGGACGCAUAUAUGAUGGAGCGGGUCAUGGUGGCCCUGGAUAGAGGGACAUCUCCCUAUGUUACCAUGGCAACGUUUGCCAAAGCAAUGUCUUUGUAUCUUCGAGGCGAUCUGGAGGAGCGUAUUUCUUAUGCAUUUACGUGUUACGAUCUGCUGGGUGAGGGACAUUUGCGUAGAGAGACAAUGUACCAAUGUAUGAAGAAAAGCAUUUCCAAGGCCUCGCGGGACGAUGAUGUGGAAGAAGCUGUGAAGGAAUUUGUGGACAUAAUGCUGAAGCGAAUGGACGUAGACGUGGAUGGGGUCAUCAGCUUCGAGGAUUUCCACAAGUCGGUAACACGGACGCCUUCCCUCCUGGAGAGCCUGGGCUACUGCUUGCCUGAACGACCCGCUGUGUACGCGUUUCUCGCCACUUGGUGCCCGAACUGGCGCAAAAUGUAG